GCCGACGAUGACCACUCCGGGCACCACGGCGAUGUUCGCCGGCCUCGCCAUCUUGCUGUUCUCCGUCAGCGCCGGAUUCAAUUCCGGCGCCGGCGCGUUCGGCUUGCUACUCUGCUUCGCGGGGGUUCUCGCUGGUGCCAACAUCGUCGCCGUCGGCAUCCGGAUGUCCGGCGCCUACCUGGCGCCCGUCGUCCCGGCGGUGUUGGCCGAGGCGCGUGCUCUCGCAGAGUUCCUUCGUCGCAACCUCGCCGUCGUGGGGCUCGUGAUGGCUUCCUGCGCCGUCACGGCGGUCUCCGGCGAAGCAGGCCAGGAGCUCGGCUUCGGCAUGUUUGCUCUGCUCCUCCUCGGCCUCUCCCUGAUCAGCGUUGGGAUUCUUGGCCUCUCCCAGAUGCAUUGAUCCUCGAUUGAUGAUUUGGUUCCUGCUGUCAAAGUAUUCUUGCUGUCAUUCUCAUGCCGUGUGCGCUCAAAUAAUGAAGCUGCGCUACUAUAGUCUAAGUGUCCUCCUUUCCUCUGGCCAUGUAAUGAAAUUUUAAUUCCCAAUCACUGCUUUGGCUAUCAGUGUGCUGCCCAGUCUUGGAAUAGCAAU